UUCACACACACUCUAUCUCAUCUUCUCCCUCAAACCGAUGCUCUCACUUCUCCUCUGCAACCUAAGACAAAUCACCAAAGUCGACGAACCGACGUUCAAAUUACCACCAUUGUACUCCUUUCAUCCUUACGAACUCAACCAUAUAAACGGAAUCAAGAACAAGUGAGUUUUGGACGUCGAACUCGGAAGCUCCGACUCGGUUCGAAAUUUUCCCGACGAAUUUCCGGGCGAGUUACAGGGUUUUAGAAGGUUUAGAAGUCACCACACAACUCCCCAAGGUCCCUAGUACAAGUUUGAAGACAAGCUAAUGUGAAAAAGCACGAGUUCGAUAAAUUAAAGUUUGUGCCGUGAGCUUCCAAGCCAUUUUCAAUCAAUUUUCAUCCACUGUUUGCAAUUUUAAAAGUUUUCCAGCGGACAGCAAAGGAGGGUGGUGACGGUGCUGGAGGUUAACCGGUGAAGAAGACUGAAUAUUCCGUUAAGUUAACGGAAUAUUCUGACGCGGUUAAGGUAAUUGAUGUCGUUGCUAUUAAUAAAAUAUUCCGUUGACGGCGCGUGACCUUGGUGGCGAGUGGUUGACACGUAUGGAUCUGUGACGUCGUGUAAAAUGUUUUCGUAUAUUUAAACUCCCAGUUUGAGCAAAAUAUAAAGGGUUUUUCCUAGUAUUUUGUAUACGUUAAUUAAUUAGUUAUUAAAGUUAAUUCUUUUUAUAGGAAUUAAUUAUUCUAGUGACGUACAAGGUUAAACAAGAGGCAAGAAGGCUACGAUCCGAUUAUAUAUUUUUCAGAUUCUCUUUCUGCUCUCUGAUCCAAGAAAUUGAGAGAUGGAGUUGAUUGCGUUCAUUCAAGUUUUCAACAUCAUCGGCAUCGUAAUCGGCAUCGGGACUCUGUUCUACAUGUGCUGCAGGUCUUUGACAUUUUCUUCUUCUUCCUCUUCUGCUGUUGAUUCUGCUGUAGCUGAUUGUGCUGCUGUUGCUGAUGACGAGGAUGCUGAUAUCCCCCCACGUCGAGAAAAGUAUGAUGUGUUUAUCAGUUUCAGAGGUGACGACACCCGCCUUGGUUUUACCAGCCAUCUUCAUGCUGCCCUACAUCAGAAGAAAAUUGAAACAUACAUCGAUAACAGACUUCAGAGUGGAGAAGAAAUCGGUCCUGCCCUUCGACAGGCAAUCGAGAAAUCCACGAUUUCGGUGAUCAUUUUCUCUCAAAACUAUGCUUCUUCCACAUGGUGUUUAGAUGAACUCGUGCAUUUACUCGAGUGCAAGAAAAGAUAUGGCCAGAUGGUUAUACCCGUAUUCUACGACAUCAACCCAUCUCAUGUACGAAAACAACACGGGAGUUAUGCAGAUGCAUUUGCUCAACUUGAAAAACGUUUCGAGAACAGUAUCCACAAGGUGCACAAGUGGAGGGAUGCUUUGACGACUGCGGCCAAUCUAUCUGGGUUUGAUUAUUCAAACAAAUCCGGGACGGAGGCAGAUCUAAUUCAGAAAGUUGUCGAUCAUAUUUGGACCCAAUUGUGUCGUGAAUCAUCCUACGAUUUAAAGGGCUUUGUUGGAAUUGAAGGCCGCAUUAAGAAGAUUGAAUCGCUAUUAAGCAUUCAUCCACAGGACGCUUGCAUCACUGUCGGUAUUUGGGGCAUGGGUGGAAUUGGCAAGACCACCCUUGCCGAGGCUGUAUUUCACAAACACUCUUCUAAAUUCGAAGCUUCUUGUUUUCUUAAGAAUGUUACGGAGAACUCAAAACAAGCAGGUGGACUAGGUCACUUGGAAAAAACACUUCUUAAGGUGAUAUUAAAGGAAGAAGUUCUGCCCAUAGGAUCAACUUCGGUUCGAGAAAGGCUCAGCCGCACAAGGGUCCUCAUUGUUCUUGACGAUGUGAGUAGUUCAAUGCAAGUGGAAUGUUUAGCUGGCGAUCGAUAUGGCACUGGAAGUAGAAUCAUUAUCACAACUAGAGAUAGGGGCACACUUGGGCCAACUGUUGAAGAGGAUAAUAUCUACGAGGUUAAGGUAUUAAAACCAGAUGACGCUCUUCAGCUCUUCUGUUCGCGUGCUUUCAAGAAUAACAGUACUCGUAGAACAGAUUAUAUGCAGUCGGCAAAAAAUGUUGUGCAUUAUGCCAGAGGCGUUCCUUUAGCUCUUACAAUUCUGGGGUCUUUGUUCUUCAAUUGCAAGAGCAAAGAAGAAUGGGAAGAUGAAUUCAACAAAAUGAAACGAUAUCCCAGUGAAAGUAUCCAGGAAGUGUUGAGAAUAAGUUAUGAUAGAUUGGAUAGAAAUGCGAAGGAGAUAUUUCUGGAUAUAGCAUGUUUUUUUAAAGGGUGGUGUGUGGAUAAGGUAAGACGAAUGAUACAUGUUCAUGAAUUGUUUUGGCCAUCCGGAAUUAGAAUUCUUAUUGAUAUGUCUCUCAUAUCAAUUGAUUCAACACGGAAAGUUGAAACCAUACAGAUGCACGAUUUGCUACAACAAAUGGGAAGGACAAUUGUUCAGGAACAAUGUAUUAAAGAUCCCUCUAAACGGAAUAGGUUGUUCACUGAUGAGGAUGUCUAUCAUGUGUUGGAGAGUAACAUGGAAACUCCAAAUGUUGAAGCCAUAGUCCUUAAUUGGCAUUACAUUGCAGAGCGACCAUUGAAACGUGCAGACUUCAAACUGAUGUCUAACCUAAGAUUGCUAAUUGUCUAUGGUGCUACACAUUCAACGCCACAUUCAACGCUUCUCUGGACCUUCCCGAUUCACUUCGUUAUCUUGAGUGGUGGAGAUAUCCACUGGAUUCAUAUGCCAUUUAGCAAAUUUAAGGAGCUUUGGAAAGAAGAGCAGAUACUUGUCAACUUGCAAGUUAUCGAUCUGUCGGACUCUAACUGUCUAACUGAAGUUCCAAAUCUCUCUGGGAGUCUAAAAAUUGUGGAGAUAAAUCUCGGGCACUGUCAAAGUUUGGUUGAAAUUCCUUUGUAUUUUCAACAUCUUGAGAAGCUUACUCAUCUUGAUCUGGGGUACUGCAGGAGUCUCAAGUAUCUUCCAGAGAUGCCAGGAAGAAUUCAAUACUUAGAUUUACAAGGCCUUGUAUAAAGGAGUUGCCUGAAUCAAUUUGGGCUAACGAAAAUAUUUCUUGCUUGAAUAUAAGUGAUUGCAUAACUCUCUCAACCUCA